GAUUCCCAGACUUUUUGGAGGAGAUCUGCUUGACAAUGGCAGCAGAAGAUUCUUUGUCAUCUCCUGGCUUGGAUCGGGUAGCUGGUGAGAAGUUCCUGCAGGAAGCCUUCCAGAUCAUGCUUGAAGAAGGAAUUCAAAAAGGGAUGGAUGCCUCUGAAAAGGUCUGCAUUUGGAAGGAACCUGAGGAACUGCAGCAAAUUCUGGACCUCGAUCUAAAAGACAGUGGGGAGCCACAUGAAAGGUUGCUGGAACGCUGUCGGGAUGUUAUCAGAUACAGUGUGAAAACAUGUCAUCCACGCUUCUGCAAUCAGCUGUUUUCUGGGCUUGAUCCCCAUGCUCUGGCUGGACGGAUGAUUACAGAGAUGCUCAAUACUAGCCAAUACACGUAUGAGAUUGCACCUGUAUUUGUCUUGAUGGAGGAGGUGAUGCUGAAGAAACUGCGAAAGUUGAUUGGCUGGGAAAAAGGCGAUGGAAUCUUCUCCCCUGGAGGGUCCAUCUCCAACAUGUAUGCCAUGAAUGUGGCACGGCAUCACCGUUUCCCAGACUGCAAGCAGAAGGGGCAUUGGGCAAUACCAAAGCUAGCUGUGUUUACAUCAGAAGAGUGCCAUUACUCCAUCCAAAAGGGAGCAGCUUUUUUGGGCAUCGGCACAGACAAUGUUUACCUUGUAGCAGUGGAUAAAAAAGGGAAAAUGAUCCCUGCUGAUCUAGAGAAAAAGAUCAACCAGGCCAAAUCAGAGGUAUCACUCCCUUUCUUUGUCAAUGCCACCUGUGGCACCACUGUCCUGGGAGCUUUUGACCCCCUGCCUGAGAUUGCGGAGGUGUGCACAAGACACAAACUUUGGUUCCAUGUGGAUGCAGCCUGGGGUGGCAGUGCUCUCCUCUCCCAAAGACAUCGGCAUCUUCUGGAUGGAAUCGAAAGGGCUGAUUCGGUGGCUUGGAAUCCCCACAAAAUGCUUAUGGCUGGACUUCAGUGUUCUGCCUUCUUGGUCCAGGAUAAUUCUGGACUACUGCAGAGAUGCCACUGUGCCCAAGCUACCUACCUCUUCCAGACGGACAAGUUCUACAACAUAGCUUAUGACAGGGGAGACCAAACCAUCCAGUGUGGACGCAAAGUAGAUUGCUUUAAGUUGUGGCUGAUGUGGAAGGCCAAUGGCAGCAAAGGCUUGGAGCAGAGAGUGGACAGGGCCUUUGCUUACACUAGGUAUCUAGCUGGUGAAAUUAAGAAGAGAGAAGGCUUUCAGCUAGUGAUAGAGCCAGAAUUCAUCAAUCUCUGUUUUUGGUAUGUACCUCCCAGUCUGCAAGGGCAGGAAGGCUGCACUGAUUACUGGGUGAAACUGGAGAAGGUAGCUCCACUGAUUAAAGAGCGGAUGAUGAAGAAAGGUUCCAUGAUGGUGGGCUAUCAGCCACUUGGCAAAAAGGUGAACUUUUUCCGCCAGGUGGUCACCAAUCCAGCAGUCACCAGAGAUGAUCUGGAUUUCUUCCUUGAUGAAAUUGGGAGGCUUGGCAGAGAUCUGUAGAUCGUGUGUGCAUGUUGUGCUUAACUGUACAAUACAGAUUGGAACAGUUAUGUAUGUGAUUCAAAAGCAGACACCACCUUACUUCCAAUCAUCAUACACCACUGUUGAAAUGGCUUGGAAGCUACACUUCUCCAACCAUGCACAGGGACUCAUGAGUAAGUGCC